UUAAUGGGGAUGUUGCUAGAAAUCGUUGGUAAAUAGUCACAUGACAUCAUUUAGCAGAUAACAACCAUCCCACUUUCAUAAAAACACCCCGGAAUAUAAAUCGAACUUCAACAUAGCUCAAACCAACAACAACAAAGACCACGACAAUGUCCCUUCAAAACACCUGGCACCACCGUAAAGUAGCAGACACCGCCGCAAAAGCAUGUUUCAUCUGCUACAAACCUUCGAAUAGUGUUCUGAUCACGCCGGAUAACAAAGACUUCUUUUACAUAUGUCCCGCGCACUUGAAAGAUCGCAAUUUCUGCUCUGCGGUUGUGGAUACGGCGGGGGCGGAGGCGAAGGUGAAGGAGGCGCUGCAGCAGCGGAAGAAGGAAAAGGAGAAGGAAAAGAAGGGUGAAGAGUCUAAGGAGAAGAAUGGAGAGGAGAAGAAAGAUGCAGACAAGGACAAGGGGAAAGAUAAAGAUGCUAGAUCGGAUGAGAAGGAGAGGGAUGAUAAGAUCGAGUCUCUCAAGAAGCAAGAGAAGGGACAAGGAAACACACCUACAGACGACUCAGACUCAUCCCGUGUAUUCUCUCUGCACAAGAACUUCUACCAGAUGCGCAUCGACCGCCUGCGUAAUGUCGAAAUGGCCAAGCGCAAUCGUCAACGGUUACAGGAUCCAUCGCUGUUCCCGUCCGUUCCGUCGGGGGGUCUUUGACUAAACUCCCUGAGGACGAGCAUACAGAUACCACACUACUGUCUAGACGUAUAUCGGAAGUCAUCGGAUUCAUGCAUUGGCCUAGAGCCGACAGAAAUCAGCUCAACGCCAUGACGAUUGUAAUAUCAAAUGGCCAACUAGCUCUGCAUCGCCCCAUUCUCAAUCUAGCUACGCCGACUCGCUGUUCUAGAUGCAAUUGCCUUUGACCACAUCAACAGGGCUGUGCUGCUGCACUGCGCGUACCCGGUUGAUCAAGAACAGACAUCCGGGUUUACUGGGUCUGUACACCGUGCUCUGCUGCCUCCCGUGAGGUGAGAUA